UCCGGCACACAGACAGACGGAUGAGCUUACGAUGGCCGUCAAGCUGUUUUCCUUGGCCGAUUAUGCCGUUCUUGUGGCGCUUCUUGGAGCAUCAGCUUUGAUUGGGAUCUUUUUCGCGUGGAAGGAUCGCAGAAAUGCCGACAGCAGACUGUUCCUCGUCGGAAAUCGACAGCUGCAGUUGAUACCAGUCACGCUGUCGAUGAUGUCCAACUUCCUGUCCUCUAUCACAAUCCUCGGCAUUCCAGCAGAGACCUUCGUCCACGGCGCUCAGUUUACAGUCAGUACGUUUGCAGUCGCCGUGGCCAUAUUCCUGGCAGCUGAGGUUGUUCUGCCCGUGUUCUACAAAAUGGACAUGAUCAGCGUAAAUCAGUAUUUGCAGCAACGCUUCCAAUCUGUACUCCUUCGUAAGGUUGCGUCGUGUCUAGUUAUAAUUCAAAUGUGCUUUUUCCAGGGCGUUGUACUAUAUGGGCCGUCCUUAGCACUGGGUUCCGUGACGGGACUGCCCGUCUGGUUAUCCAUCGUGUUAAAUGGGACAGUAUGUGCCUUCUACACCACAAUAGGAGGCAUCAAAGCUGUUGUAUGGACGGACGUCCUUCAAAUGGUCCUUAUGAUAUCAGGAUUCCUUCUCGUAAUCGUAAAGGGAAGUCUCCUGGUUGGAGGGAUUGCGGAAGUCUUUGAAAUAGCGAAACGAGAAGAACAGCUGGGAAUCUUUGACUUGAGUCUCGAUUUUCAGAAGACAUUUACCUUUUGGAGUGUAUUCUUUGGUUCCGGUAUCUUCUGGACGAUGGGAUACUGCAUAAAUCAAGCCAUGGUUCAGAGGUUCUGCGGGCUGUCAACACUGUCACGUGCCAGACAAGCACUAUAUUUAAAUAUGGCUGGCGUCAUUAUGACUAUGCUGAUGUCCUGCUUCUCUGGACUCGUUCUGUACGCUGUAUAUUACAAGUGCGAUCCCUUGAAGACUUCUCGCAUCAGGAAAUACGAUCAGUUGAUGCCACUACUCAUCACAGAUACCUUCCAUCAUGUUCCGGGUGUAUCAGGACUCUUCGUUGCAGCAGUGUACAGUAGCUCCCUGAGCACCAUGUCGUCCGGAUUCAAUGCCCUCGCUGCUCUCACUUGGGAGGACUUCCUCAAGGCCAAAAUCAGAAUGUCGCCGUCUCGCUCAUUGUUAUUUACAAAAGCAAUUGCGGCGUUUUACGGAUUUGUGACAAUGGCCAUAGCAUUCAUGGCUGGAAGCCUAACGUCCAUCCUGCAGGCUGCAGCGACCACGACUGGUGCCUUUAACGGUGCGCUUGGUGCGAUAUUCUUUAUUGGACUAGCUUUUCCAUGGUGCGGAAAAAAGACAGCGCUCGCGUCCUUGAUAGCCGGAUUGACAACGUCGUUGUGGGUAGCUGCAGGAACUCUUAUUUACCCAACGAUGCCUCCUGUACCGCGGACAACGGUGGUCGGUUGUACCUACAACUUUACUGUCACGGAAGCUGUACCUAAGCGAUACGCCUCAGGGGGAAUAAUCGAACUGUACCACAUUUCCUAUCUGUGGGUUCCUGUUAUCAGCUUCGUCGUGACCUCCUUCAGUGCAAUCGCCGUAACCGUAAUGACAGGUCUGCGCAGCGCAAACCCUGAGCCAGAACUAGUAACACCAUGCAUGAGAGGAUUGUACAAACGGUCUUCGAAAAAAGCUACAUCUACAGAGUCUGCAGACAUGGUGCAGAAAUCGAGUCACAGGGACACCACAAAGGAAUUACAAAAUGGCUACAGCAACUGUACUCCGACUGAAAAUGAACCUGAAAACAACUCAGAAACGUUAUCCACAAAUGUGUCAACGUACCUGUGAAUAUGCUGCUGCCCUCACGAUGGGGUUUCAUAUACCAAUAAAGAUGUUAA